UUUGAAAUUAAUAAAUUUUAUUUUUAAUGAUAAUUAGGCUUAGGCAUAUUAAAAUCUCAAAAAUAUCUUCAUGAAUGAGAGAAAACGAAAGUGAAGUCAAAUGGUAUAUAUAUUUGAAAAGAAGAGUGGGAGUGGAUGAAAUAGAGUCCACGUUGUUGUUGAAUGCUACGCCCACGUAACAAAGCUUGUGAUCACAGUUUAAUACUUUGCUAAUUAAUUAAUCAGUCAUCCUCGUUGACUCAUGAUAAUUCUUAGACUCUGGUCUACGUGGCAGUAGACUAUAAAUUCCACCCUCCCACCUAUCUUACUCAAAAUUCUCUUCUGAAUGAAGGUAAAUCAAUGAUCUUUGCCUCUUUGGCUUCCUUCGCUUGCAUAAUGAUUUCUUACCUUCUUUUUUAAAAAAAAUUAUAAAAGAAAGGUAUCCAUGCCAAGAAACCAGCUUGGGAAGAGGAGGAAACCUAUGGAGUCAUCAGGAAUUGUCCCUGGAGAUAAUGCUGCUUCCAAUAUGGAUGCCAACAAUGGGUUCACAUUUACUGAAGUGAAUUCUGCUAAAGCCAGUUCUAUGAAAGUAAUCUCUUGCCGCUUCUCGGCCGAUGGAAAAUGGCUUGCUACUGCUGGCCAUGACAAAAAGGCUUUGUUGUGGUAUGCUGAUGGGUUAAAGCCAAAAUCUACCUUUGAAGGCCAUACAUCUUUGAUUACAGACGUCUGUUUCAGUCCCAGCAUGCCAUAUCUUGCGACAUCUUCAUUCGACAAAACUAUAAGGGUCUGGGAUGCUGGCAAUCCUCGAAGCUCAUUACAUAUUUUUAGAGGACAUUCUACUUGUGUUAUGUCAGUAGACUUUCACCCAAACAGAGAUGAUCUCAUCUGCUCUUGUGAUGGUGGUGGCGAUAUACGCUACUGGAGUAUUGCCAACAGCGACUGUGCAGCAGUGUUCAAGGGUGGUUCAGCUCACAUAAGAUUUCAACCCCGCCUAGGGAAGUAUCUUGCUGCGGCUGAGGAUUAUGCAGUGUCUGUACUUGAUGUUGAGACACAAGCUUGUCUUCAUUUACUACAGGGACAUGUUAAACCGAUUCAUUUUCUGUGCUGGGAUCCUUCUGGUAAAUAUAUAGCAUCUGUUAGCAAGGAUGCUAUCAGAAUCUGGACAAUUGGAUCAGGGGGAAAUGGAGAAUGCAUUCAUGAGUUGAGUUCUGAUAAUGGCCACAUAUUCCACUCCUGUGUUUUUCAUCCUGUAAACUCUUCAUUGCUAAUCAUUGGCUGUGAACAGGCAAUCUUUGGAGCUUUGGAACAUGACCACGAACAAGUCUACGACCCUUCCGGCUCAUGGAGGAUUAGUUGCUUCAUUAGCUGUAUCAACAGCGACUCGGUUGGUUGCUUCUGCUAGUCAUGAUAAGUUUGUCAAGCUGUGGGUUUGACUCGGCUAGUUCAUCGUCAUUUUAGUGGUUAUAGCUUGUUCUUAGAAUUCGUUCCUUGGGCUAAGUUUACAAGAGAAGUUCAAGUUCUCUGUUUGUCAUGAGUGCAUAACUUCCAGGAAGUUGAUGUGGUUACUUCUCCUUUAUUAAAAAUUAAAUCUCAUGAAGUUAACUCAUCUAUUUCCAAUUUUCCCAA